AUGAUGGCCAUCGAGCAGAGUUCGAAGCGAAAUGCGGAUGGCCAACUUGGCGUCCCCGUUGAAAGCAAAAAAAGGCGGGUUGAAUUUGCCGACGAGGUGUUGGUCCACAGUGAAAAUAACCAAGUCCAAACCAAUGAAGAGUUUUCUGCGAAACUCUACCGUAACUUUGUGCUUAACGCUCUGGAGGAUCUUGAAAGGAACGAUGCUUCCCAGGUAGAAUCUCUAGCCGCACAACUGUCCCUUCCGCAUACCAGCUCCGACCGGAUAUCCUCCGAGAAUCUGUCGGGCCUGCUGCGAAUUUUAUCGCACAAUGUCAGCAGACUGGAUACGCACCUGUGCACAUCUUUGAUCCAGUCCAUCAUCAACUUUGAGAAGUGGUGGGAACUUCCUGCCGCAACUCUAAGUACGUAUAUAUUCUUCAUUAAAAUCCUCUGCUCCAGCUUGCCGAAGUGGUGGCAGGAUGUGUCGCUACCGCUGAUCGCCAAUUUCAAUUUGCCGAUCGAGAAGACAACAUCGCAUCAUCAAAUGCUCAAAUAUUUCCUCCGCACAAUACCCACCUCUACGGGUUUCAUCGACUCGUACCUCGCCAGAUUCUUCCCGAACAAAAACGAUUCCAAGAAAAAUUUGGUAAACUACAUGUCUAAUGUUCUGAAAUUGACAGACUACUGCCAUGAACUUAGGUUCCAGGCAUGGUCCUUGGUCAUCGAAAAGGUAAUUUCCAUCGACGUUGAGUUGCAAAACGAACUUGAUGAGUUGGACGAUGACCUAGAGAAUGACAUUGAUGACGAGAUCGAGGAUGACGCCCACACGGAUAUGGAAGAAGAGGACCAAAUUCUUGAUCAUACCAAUGACGACAGCUCUCAAAGUGAGUCCGCCGAUGAGGAUCUCUUGGACGGCCAAGAGGAGUACAAUGUGGUCGUGUCGCAAAACAUAAAACAACUGUCUUCCAAAUUAGACGCAAUUCUUUCCCUCAUAACUAAAAGAUUAUCACAAUCCCUGACUGCAGAGAGUAUAGAGAAUGGAGACGGUGUCAGCAUCUUCAAUACCUUGAUCAGUCUUUUCAAGUCUCAUAUUCUCCCCACUUACUACACUCGUUCAAUUCAGUACAUUUUGUUCCAUGUCUCGCAGCAGCAAUUGGAACUCAUGGACGCCUUUUUAGUCACUCUCAUUGAUAUUGCAUUUUCACCUAAUGAGAUGAUUGAAAAGAGAAUUAAAUCGUUGCAAUACAUCGGGUCGUUUAUUGCUCGUGCUAAGAAGCUCUCGAAUACUCAAAUCAUUUUCGUUGCGAGCUACUUGACAUCGUGGCUCAACCGUUAUGUUUUGGAGAGGGAAGAAGAGGUCAAUCAGCCAGGAGGUGUGGAAAGAUUCAAGCAUUUCUACGCUGCUUUCCAAGCAUUAUGCUACGUUUUCUGCUUCAGACAUGCCACUUUCAGAGAUGGUGACUCUUGGGAAUGUGAGAUAGACAAGUUUUUUCAGAGGAUGAUUCUUUCAAAGUUUAAUCCGUUAAAAUAUUGCAACGAAAAUGUUAUGAUGAUGUUUGCGCGUAUAUCUCAGCAUGAGGGCGUUGCUUAUUGUUUUGGCGUGAUUGAAAACAACAACAACGAGAGAUUGAAGGGUAUAAUGGGUAAGUCUGACAGCCAGAACACAACUGGAAAUGUGAGCAGCUGGUCUCUGGCUACACGUCAGCAGUUCAUAGACCUCCAAAGCUACUUUCCAUAUGAUCCACUAUUCCUUCAUAAUUUCAAAAGAAUGAUGAAGGACUAUUACAUAGAGUGGAGCGAUGUGAGUCGCGAUUAUGAAAGCGACGAAAGCGACGAACUCGAAGAGAUAAAUAGGGAAAUUUAG